UAUCAAGUGCCAUUCCGUACGUACGAGAAGUGUGAGCGAGAUAAGCGUAUGUUUAUCGACUUUGCCAGUUAUAAAUGGACAUGAACCGGUAAAUGCCCGUACAGACUAUGUUGUGUUACAUACUAUCAGUAUUAUUGUUACACUGACAAAAAUGGACGGACUUGCGGAUCCUCUAGUAAGAAUUCCUGUGCAAAAAUGGUCUGAGAUUCAAGAUCAGUUCCUUCAGGAUUGGCCACGAAGUAUUGCUGGUUACUACGCGCUGAAAAUUCAGAGAGAAUGGCUGCAAAGAGGAUUAAAACAUGAUUUUCAUGUGUAUUGCCCAUAUGGUGAUAUCAGAAAUGGCAUGGUGGCCAUACAAUCAAAAGGUCCAGUCAGAGAACUAAUUAUCCAAUGCCCAAGCGACGAUACAACAAAUAUAGAAGAAGCCUUGAGAGAUACAAAAUUAAUAGACUGGAGCAAAUCUUACACUAUUCCAGCCCCACCAAUCCACAUCACCCGAGCUAUAAAUGCUGUAUUAAAAGAUAUCAACAUGGUCAUUAGGAGACCAGGGACUCCACAUUAUAUGUUUCUGUUAACAAAAGACACGCCAAUUUUUGAAGAUAUACGGUUACCCAAAGAUGUGACGAUAGAACUUUUGACGGAGGAGCACAUAGAUAUAGUGGACUCAACGUGGGUCAACAAGCACAAAGGUUCAGACUGGUUCUUUCAACUUCUCGUAAAGGCCCAAUAUGGCUUUGGACUGUUCCAAGACCGCCAGUUAGCCUGCUUCGUCUUUAUCAACGAAGUUGGUUUUCUCACUCAUUUAUUCACUCUGGAGAAAUUCCGAAAAAAGGGUUACGCAGAUUUACUCCUCAAAUAUGUAUGUAAUAAACAAAUCAAGGACAACAAAGAUGUUUACUGUUUUGUAAUGGAAGGGAACGAUAGUGCGAUCAACCUGUAUUACAAAUUGGGAUUUAAAAAGUACCAUUGUGUGCUGUGGGGAUUUAUAGCGCCAGAAUCGUCUAAGUUAUGAUUUCAAUAAAGUAUUAAUAACGAUUAAA